AUGGCCGGACACAAGGCUAGGCGGAUAGCAAAGGAUCUUGCAGACGUCCGAGCAGAUACUACGUCUCAAAUCUUUGCGGAGGCUGUCGGUGACAACAUUACCAACCUUAGAGGUUCCUUCCGAGGUCCAUCCGGAACUCCUUACGAGGGCGGUACAUAUGAGGUGUCGAUUAAUAUUCCAAAUGAAUACCCAUUCAAGCCGCCGGUGAUGAAAUUCACCACAAAGAUUUGGCAUCCCAACGUCUCAAGUCAAACCGGUGCCAUCUGCCUAGACACUCUGAGCACGGGCUGGUCACCUGUUCUGACUAUCAAAUCUGCCUUGAUCUCGCUUCAAUCCCUUCUCAGUUCGCCUGAGCCGAAAGAUCCGCAAGACGCCGUUGUUGCACAACAAUUAAUCAAAAAUCCCAAAGAGUUUGAAAGACAAGCAAAGGAGUGGGCUGUUAAAUACGCAGGAGCACCUAAAUCCAACAUUGGAGAGAGCAGUGGAGGAUCAACUGCACAAUCAAUUGAGGAGGCCGAGAAGGCAGGUGAAGAACGCGAAGCUGCAGCUAACAUCGCAGUCUAUGAUGGAUACAACAAAGACUUGAUCGAUCGAUUUGUGAUGAUGGGAUUUGACGUGGAGCGAGUUGUGGAUGCAUUCAACUAUGUUGGCAUUGACCGCAACGGAGGACAAGACUAUGAACUCGAGGAGGCUUAUAUGGGCGACAUCACUGCCCGACUAUUGGGUGAGCCAUAG